AUGCAGAUCACUGAAACUGGGGAAGUCCCUGAUCAACCAGAUCCCACAUUUAUUGCCAAGGUGGAGAGGCGCUGCGAGGCGGCAGGGGAAUGGAUCAGCCGUUCAGGAGAGUGCCCCAUUUCCAUCUCCGUCUGCAAUCCAACGCACGUGUAUGAUCGUGGAUCGGAAACCUCGAAGAUGUAUACUUCUGAAGUUGCAAUAGCGCAGAUACUCGCUUCCAGCCGCCGAUGGAAAAAAGUCAUUUUUAGGGCGACGGACGACUCAUUUACCCGUCUACAACAGCUGGCAGAGGAUGAUGUGCCGCUGCUGGAAUCUCUCGUCAUCGCCGGUGGGACUCUAACAAUUGCAUGGGAUUCGCCCGCCUCAAAUGCCGAUAUCCCUUUAUUGACUCGGGAUGAACUUAUUUGUUUCCUCGAAUCGGUGCCACUCCUCAUCCACCUCCGUAUCACCAACUACUCCGGUCCUCCAUCUGUCGUCGAUGACGAAGUUAUUGAUUGCCUCACUCCUUCCGGCGAAAAGGCCGAUUGUCUUUGCCCUAUGCUUGAAGCCUUUCAAUGCAUGGGGAGCGAUUGCGUGAGUUUUUCCGAAGCGCAAUUGUUGUCUUUGGUUCAAGAGCGGAGUAAAUCGGAAAAGGUUGGGGUGCUCGAACAAGUAUACGUCAGUUUCGGUCGCCGCGAGCCAAAGAAAUUUGAUGAAUUCCUUGACUCACUUACUGGGACUGGGAUGAAAGUUUCCCAGCGCUACACGACUGGCGCCAUCAUUCUCCCCGAAUCAAACAACACCAAGCUAUCUACUGUUGUAAACAUCAAUCACGCAGAGUGGCCGGCACGAGGGGAUUAUUUUUAUCCUCUGGAUGGUCUGGAUCUGGAGGGGUGUUCAUCGGCAUAUUCGCCGCAUUUUGGUUUCGACUAUUAG